AUGAAACUUGAUAGUGUUUUAAUCUUUUUAAUCUUCAAUUCGAUAUUAUGGAGUUUAAUUAAUUCUGUUAAAAAUAAUAAAAAUCAAAACGAGUUAGGUAGAGUUGAGGAAAGCUCUAAGGAUUUAAAUAAAAUAUUAAAUGAUGGGGCUGAAUCAUCGGUUGCUCCCCAAAUUCAAAAAUAUAAAGAAACGUUAAAACCAAAAAUAAAAAAUAAAAAAACUUUAAAUAAAAAAGAAGGAAAAAGUCAGGAUAGGAAAGGAUAUCAAAAAGAUUAUUACCAGAAGAAUAAAGAAAGAAUUCUUCAAAAUAGACGUGAGUCUUAUAAAAAGAUUAAAGAAGGCCACGACGAAGAUAAGAAAGAAAAAAAGAGAGAAUAUAAUCGUGAAUAUAAUAGGAAAUACCGACUAAGAAAGAAGAUGGAAAAAGAAAUGUCAAAGAAUGAUAUUUCACAAUUUACAAGCAUUCAAUCUGAUGAUAAUGAAGGAACUUCUUUUGUUAAUCCACAGAAUACUGAAAGUGGAAAUAAGGGAAAAGAGCCGAUUGUUUCCAAAGAGGACGGUCAAUUAUCUCAAGGAAUUAUUCAUCUACAAAAAGAUACUCCUUCUCAACAAAAUAAUGAUUCGGAAACCAAUUCUGAGAAUCCAAUUUAUUGCCCUUAUGAACAAGAAAAGUUUCAUCACGGUGAACAUUUUAACCAACAAGCUACAGAUCUGGAUUUAGAUUAUCUGAAUUCAUUAAACGAUCAGGAAUUUCUGGAUUAUCUAAAUAAGCACUUUGUAUGAAGAACUGAUAAUGAUUUUUUAUGUUGAUGGAUUGCAAAAUAUCUUUCCGUUCUCUGACUUUAUUUUUAUUAAAGUUUUUCCUUCUUUAAUUUUUUAAUCAAAUAAUUUAAAAAAUAUAAUGACUAUUACAAUACAAAUUUGAUAAUAUCAUUUGUUUAUUUUAGCUCAAAUACUGAAAAUUCGGCAUUGAACUUGAAAAUAGUUAUCAAAAUUUAGGUCAUGGCGCUGUUUAGAUGGUACUAACUUUAAAAACCCGAUAAGCACUUUCAUGGGGCACAUACAAUCUGUGCAAAUAUUUUUUAUUAUCCAUGAGUGAGCCACGGGAAAGUCGA